CGAAACACGGAAGUAGGCGGUCUCGUGAUUCGCCUUGAAAAUAAAAGUUAUUGAUUUUGUUAUGAUUUUUUGUUAACAUUUUUAUUUCUUAAGCUUGGUCACAAAACGCUAUUGCAAUAGGACAUUUAAUGUCAUUUAUACAACGCAUUUGUACGUGAAUUAGUAGUGUAAAAAUUGCAGUGUUUGUGGUUUCAAGUGUUUGUAAACAAGACCAAACAACCAGAAAGGGUUGACUGUUAAUUGCUUUGUGAAGGCAGAGAUGGAAUUGCAUUAAGCACAUUUUGUUACUAUAGUAACCCACUGAUCCAAACAUGGCAGAUUUCCUAGCAGAAAAUAAUCAGUGUGGCCAGAAUCUGCUUAGACUUGCAUCAAGAGGAAAUGCCAUUAUUGCUGAAUUAUUACGGUUAGCCGAUUUCAUUCCAUCAGUGUUUCGACUGGACAACCGCUUUGAUCAAAUAAAAUAUGGUGAAAUAUUGAGUGAUUUCAGCUAUUUUCGAAGUUCAGAAUAUUUUGACAACAAAAUAGAAUCAAGACCAGAACUUCAAGACCUUGAUGAAGAGUUCAGAGAAAAUCAUAUUGAAAUCUUAACAAGAUUUUACCAAGCUUUUGCUAGUGUACACAAAUAUGUUACUGAUCUCAACAGGUUUCUUGAGGAUCUGGAAGAAGGUGUAUACAUUCAGCAGACGAUGGAAUCUGUACUUCUUAAUGAAGAUGGCAAACAGCUAAUGUGUGAAGUUCUGUACUUGUAUGGAGUCAUGUUGCUUGUCAUUGAUAUUAGAAUUGAUGGGACUGUGCGAGAACGGAUGCUGGUGUCAUAUUAUAGAUACAGUGCACAAAAGUCAUCUGCUGGUGAUUCCAAUAUCGAUGACGUUUGCAAGCUUUUAAGAAGUUCUGGAUUCUCAAACCAGCCUGGGGCAAAAAGACCACCUGGCUACCCAGAGUCCUAUUUCAACCGCGUGCCGAUUAGCUCCGAGUAUGUGAACAUGGUGAUUGGGCGAUUGCGGUCCGACGACGUAUACAACCAGAUCUCAGCCUAUCCUCUUCCCGAACACCGCUCCACUGCCCUGGCCACCCAGGCCAGCAUGUUAUACAUGAUCCUCUACUUUGAACCAGACAUCUUGCACAACCAGCAGGCAAAGAUGAGAGAAAUUGUCGACAAGCAUUUUCCUGACAACUGGGUCAUUGGAGUCUACAUGGGAAUAACGGUGAACCUACUGGAUGCCUGGGGUCCAUACCGCGCUGCUAUUACAGCACUUAACAACACCCUCGAUUCAAGCAAUGUCAGAGAACAGUCGAUGAAGUACGCCAAGAAGUUGGAUCGUCUACAUCCUCUGCUGGAGAAGUAUCUGAAGGAAGGCGUGUUGAAGGAGGAGUUCGUGCUCGACAACAUCCCAAAGCUGAUGAACUGCAUGAGGGAGUGCAAUGUCACUCUGCGCUGGCUCAUGUUACACACGUCUAACUUACCACCUAGUGCAAUUGGUAACAAGCGCUGCAAACAGAUUCUCGAUCAAGUGUUGUCAGACUGCCAGUAUAAACCUCUCGGUGUCUUUCAGCUUCUGCUCAGCACAAGCCAGUUCGAAUUCAUGCUCAAAGAGUUAUUCAAACAAAUGUUGUCCGAGAAGCAGUCCAAGUGGGAAGCAUACAAAAAGGAAGGUCAAGAGAGGAUGCAGGAGCUGGCUGAUGUCUUCUCGGGAACCAAGCCGCUCACACGAGUAGAUAAAAAUGAAAACCUUCAAGCCUGGUUUACUGAGAUGUCUAAACAGAUCACAUCUCUGGGAUACGAUGAUUCAACAUCUGCUGGCCGGAAGAUAGUGCAGCUCAUACAAGCCAUGGAGGAGGUACAAGAAUUCCACCAGCUGGAGAGUAACCUGCAGGUGAAACAGUUCCUGGCCGACACGCGGCGCUAUCUUCACCAGAUGAUCCGAACCAUCAACAUUAAGGAGGAGGUCCUCAUCAGCAUCCAGAUUGUGGCCGAUCUGUCAUACGCCUGGCAGAUUAUUGACAGACAUGGAAAUUACACUGGUUACAUGCAAGAAGGCAUCAAGAAAGACCCAUCACUGGUCAUAAAACUCAGAGCCACAUUUCUCAAGAUGGCAUCCGCGUUAGACCUUCCACUGAUGAGAAUCAACCAGGCCAACAGCCUUGAUCUGAUGAGUGUCUCGCAGUACUACUCCGGGGAGCUUGUAGCAUACGUCAGAAAAGUGCUUCAGAUUAUUCCACAGACCAUGUUCAGUCUUUUAGCGAAUAUCAUCCGACUUCUGACCAAUCAAAUAAGGGAGGUGCCCACCCGACUGGAGAAGGAGAAGAUGAAGGAAUAUGCUCAGCUUGAUGAACGAUACCAGGUUGCUAAACUGACUCAUUCAAUCUCAAUUUUCACGGAGGGUAUUCUUAUGAUGAAGACAACACUGGUUGGGAUAAUCAAGAUUGAUCCUAAGCAGCUGUUGGAAGAUGGUAUUCGCAAAGAACUUGUGUGGCAAGUGGCUCAUGCCCUUCAUCAAGGACUCAUGAUCAGCCCAAAAGCAAAGGUGAGUGAGUUGUUGCCGAGACUAGACCAGCUGGGAGAGCAGAUGGAUGGAUUCCGGCGGUCGUUUGAGUACAUCCAGGACUACGUGAACAUCUACGGACUGAAGAUCUGGCAGGAGGAGGUGUCGCGCAUCAUCAACUACAACGUGGAACAGGAAUGCAACAGCUUCCUCAGAACCAAGGUUCAAGACUGGGAGAGCAUCUACCAGUCCACAGCUAUCCCCAUUCCACGAUUCGCACCAGUAGAUGAAAGUGUUAAUUUCAUUGGUCGGCUGGCUCGUGAAAUUUUGAGGAUUACAGAUCCCAGAUCCACAGCUUACAUUGAUCAGAUGAAAGCUUGGUAUGACAACCGAACAAAAGUUGAAAUCUGUAACAGAACACUCUUUCAAAAGCUUCAUAAAGCUGUUGGAAGUUUUGGACUUUCUGGCUUGGAUCGACUGCUGUGUUUCAUGAUAGUCAAAGAGAUGCAGACAUUCCAGUCUCAGCUACAAAAAGGUUUAUUUAGAGACAAAAACUGGAUGGAAUUCUUCGCUUCUUUCACAAAAACACUGAACCCACUUCAAGGCGUUGUCAAUCAGCCACAGAAAUUGUAUGCCCAGGCUGUUUCAAAAACAUCUAAAGCCUUUCAGCCUUUCCUGGACAGUAUUCUUAAGGUUGGGCAAAUGCAGCUUCUCCGAAGACAAAUCUGUUACGAACUUAACACUUCCUGCAAGUUUGACUCAAAGUUUCUUGCUAGCGCUCUUCAAACUAUGAACAAUGCUUUGCUGGCAGACAUUGAGAGGCAUUAUCAAGACCCAAGUCUUCCAUACCCAAAGGAGGAGAAUCCACUGAUGUAUGAGUUGACGUCGUACCUGGAGGCAGCGGGAUUUCACAACCCUCUCAUGAAGAUCUACAUCACCACUCAGCGAGUUCCUUACUUCCCACUGUUUAACUUCCUUCUCGUCAUAUCUCAACUCCCCAAACUCGUCUACAGCAAAGUUAUCAGUGGCAUGGUGAGCAAAAAGCCUGCAGAUCACCUAGACUCCCCUCCAUUCAUUGUCGGGUGUUACACGGUGCUCAAACAGUUCCACACAGACAAUAUCAACUACUUUCUCGCCUUCCUGGGCCAGUAUGUCAGAUCCAACGUUGAUGCCAUUAGCAGUAUGAAGAAUCCUGAACUAACACAUGAUGUUCUUAAUGUCUUGGUGUUCCUCGAGGAUUUCAUCUUCUACAGUGGCAUGUCUAGAAAGACGGUGGAAUCCUUCAUACCAAACUAUAUAUUUGAUGAGUUCAGAACACAAUACACUCAGUAACAUCAUGCAAUAUUCACCAAAGAGGAUAGUGCUUUCGUGUUUUGUAAUGAAGAUACUUGAAUGUGAACUCUGCUGGUAAAUUCAGUUUUCACUGCAAAUACUGUACAAUACAUAUGUUUACUUUGAUGGAGCAUUUCGAAUUGACCAGAUUGUGAAACUGAAUUGAUCAAAUUCAGUAAUGAAUGUUUUUCAGUGACUUGAAAAGCUUUUACAGGCUGCCUGAAUGUUAGGCGAUUGCAUAAGGACACCAUCACCAUUCAAAGCCUGUAGAUGCAAAGUGUUAAUACUGUGGUUGAGAAAGAAUGUACAAACAAUAUUUAUUGUGAUUAAAGAAUGUUUAAAUUAAUUUUCAUAUCGAUAAUAAAGAACUUCUUUACAAAAGGUGUUGAUAAUUGGAAAAUCAUGAGUAUACAAACAAUAUUAUUUGUUCAAUGCAACUUCCGUUAAUUAAUUAAUUUUUGUGCUUGUAUCCAAUGACCCACAGAGUCAUUAAGCUUGCUCUGGGUGGGAACUAGUACCUAGAUACGAACUCAGUACCUACCAGCUUAACCACUACGCCACCGAGGCUGGUUGUAAAUUCCAUUGCAUAAAAAAGAAAAACUAUUUUGGAGCCAUUCCAAACUACCUUUCAUAUAAUUAAAUUACUCGAUUUAUUUUGUUUGUCUUUAAAAGUGUUACAUAUUUGUAAAACUUGUUUUACUGUUUACAUAUACUAUAAUAUUACAAAAUUUUCCACCCAUAAACUAAAAUUGUAUAAUCAUUGUAUUUUUGAAAGAAAGGGUGUAUUUUCCAUUUGUGUUGAUUCAGACUGAAUAGUUCAACAAAUAAAUCUUGUUAUGUUUGUUGUUAUAUGUAUAUUAAGAUAUAUUAAAAAUAUUUUAUCAUG